GGAGUACAAUAUAUUCACAUCAUUUACAUCAAAAUAAUAACAUAAGUUAUAUAUAUACCUAGAAUAAUUAAUCUUAAAAUAACUAAUUUCAUGUCAAAAAAAUCAAUUAUAUACAAAGAAACUGUUUUCCAUACGUCAAAAAAAUUGAAGCUUCUCACCUUUACCUUUUUUUCAGUUUCACAGUUCUUCGAUCCACUUGGAUCUGAUGCUGUCUUCACUGUAAGUAGUGGAACAAUUCCUCAAACUCCCCAAUGGUUCACAGUUUCAUAAAGAAGAAGAGACGGAGGAGGAUAACUGAGUUUUUAGUAGAAUUUUGGGUAUACGACGUCGUUUACUGAAUUUGAUAAAUGAUGACGUGUCCAUUGCACGUGGUGGAAGAUUCUAGAAUGUAUCCUUAAGUCGGUUUCGGUUUGGGAGUAUAUAAGGGGUAGAAUGGGCAACACAAAUUGAAUUAGGUUUUCUCUUUGUUCUUAUCCUUUCUUUUUUUCAGCAGCCACAUUUUUUUUUCCUCCAGAUCUUAAAAGAAAAAAAGUUUGUUCCUCUGAGCAGAUCUAGAGAUAUCAUGAGGAAGGAGGAUCAAUUGCCUUUCAAAGUUGGGCAAUCCGCUGAAGCACAAUCUUUUGAGAAUGGAUUUCGUGGGGCGUGGUUUCGAUGUAAGAUACAGAAGAUUAACUGCAGAAAAGGACAUUGGUAUGCCCUGUUGGAAUACUUCGAUUAUCCAGAUGAAAAACUGACUUGGACCAAGCUGUAUCAAAAUCCCCCAUAUAAUGUUGGGAAGUUGAAGGAGAAAACACAACUAAUGCUGCGGCCGCAGUAUCCUUUAUUCAAGCUAAAAAAUGAAGUAUCAGAUGUCAGUUCAAUUUUUGAAGCUACAGUAGUUGUUGAUGGUAAUUGGCAGGUGGGUGAUUUGGUUGAUUGGUGGGCUAAUGGCUGUUAUUGGUCUGGACAUCUGACAAAGUUACUUGGCAACAAUGAAGCUGAGUUGGCAUUGACACCACCUCCUGUGGGUGAAGGUGCACUUUAUGAAGUUUCUUUCAAGGAUUUGCGCCCAUCCUUGGAAUGGUCUCCAGAUUUUGGUUGGACUGUGCCUACAUCCCAGGAUGGUGUACGUCGAUGUGCUCAACUAAUUCAACCUGUCAACCAAGCGUUACAUUCUAUGAGUGAAGGGAGAACUGGAUAUUCAUCAGAUCUCUCUUUCUCUACUCAUUCAUCUGCAAACUUGUCACCAGCCUCGGAUGAAAAGAGGGAUUUUAAAACUACAGAGUUAGCAGAACGACCCCCGAUCAUAGAUCUUCCAAAGGAGGCGGCUGUGAACUCAUCGAAGAAAGUGAGGCGGUCAGACAUUUGCUCUAGUUCCCAUACUGGAGAUGAAUCGACAAAGGAAUCCAUUUUGUCAGAUAAAGGUUCUGGUUCACGUACUGGAGUUGAUCUAGCAAAAACCGCCGCUGGGCCAACUGAAAAUUUUAGCUAUUCGAGUUGUCCUUUGAAGAAGUUCAGAACCAGUGAUGGAGUUCAGUUACAUUCAACUGGUUCUGACACGACAGAGGCAGCGAUAUUGGAUUUGGAGGAACUUGUGAACAAAAUUAAAUGGCUGAAGGGACUGCUCGAGUUAGGAAAACCCAUGUCUAAUGUUGCCAGACCUUCAUGGAAGUUCGUGGAACAUCAUGCAUCAUUCGGAAAUAAAUGAUGGAUGGUUUCAAAAUAUCGAAAUGUCAUCUGGUGGCUCUUGAGAAAUGAGGUAUAAAGCUUCUACUCUUACUGCUCGUCCGGUGCAGGUUUUACACUCCUUCCAUAGUUUAGGAAGCUGGUUGGAAUGAAAUUUGAAUGCAUCCCAUGUUAUUAAGGUUUUAAGUCUCGUUGCGAUGAUGCAAAGGCUAGUGCCAUGCCAGCAACACUUAAACCGGUAUUCUGGCUGCACUCGGGUAUGAUUUAGCGAUGCUCCAAAGCGCAUGUACAUAUGCUUUCGUUGAGAUUUCUGAGCGUUGAUUAGUCGACAAUAUGCAUCGACAAAAGUAUCCAAGUUCAAUUGGCUCAACUGCUUACUGCAACAUUUUGUUAAAAAAGAAAGCUUGUAUAGAGAAGUUUGAAGUGGAGAUGGUAAUACUGGAUGUGUUUCAUUUGAAGGCCUGUGAUUGAUAACAAUAUUGGUCUACAAGAAAUUUUGACUCCCUUCUUUUAUUCUUCGACACAGGAUUAUCAUCGAGGAGAUUUGAUAAGUGAAGAAUAAACACACGAACAAGUCAAGUUAUCUAAUAAUUUUAAUUUUAACCAACAAAUCUUAUAAAUAGGGU